UGCGGGGUUAAUGAAAGUAAACAUGUCCUAUUAUUGCUUGUGAAAGAAUCCUUGCCCUACACAAAAAUUAAAAAAUAAGUAUAAUUUAAUAGACCGUCUCUCGUAUGAAUAUACACUACCAAUAAAGAAAAUAAUUUUGAAAGGUGUAUCCGAGUAUAUAAUCUUAGGGUGUAUCAGCCUCUAACCUAAAUUCUAGACAUUUUAGAUAUUUCGUUUAGAUUCUAGUUUAACAUAUAUUUAUUGUCUACCCUAAAAUGGAAUCAUCAUCUGAUAUUACAUACUGCAACGAAAUUUCUUUGAUGAUGUUUGGAUUUGGUGAUAGCCAUAAACCAAAUCCUGAAACGGUACGUUUGGUGGAAAGUAUAGUUUUGAAACAACUCCGAACGAUAGUACAAGAAGCCCUUAAGUAUUCAGACGGAAAGAAUUUAAAAGGCGAAGAGUUGGUUUUCUUAAUGCGACAUAAUAAGCAGAAAAUGAGGCGAUUCGUGAAGUAUUUAAUGAACAAACAAAACAAACACAUUCUACAAAAAGUACAUUUGAACGUAAUAGACCUAGAUCAAGAAAAGAAACCGCGAAGUGCUUUAUUGGAUUUUAUCGAAAAAAUCGAUGAAUGUGAAGAAUUUAUGAAUCUCACAGAAUUUGAUGAAGUAAAGUAUGAAAGACAAUUACGGGCCGACAGGAUAUCACAAGCACUAGACGAAAAAAAAUAUCUAGAAUUUUGUAAAGCUCGUUGUGCAUCUUUUUAUAGUAGAGAUACAACGCAGCGAAGCCUGGAAAAACUAAGACUAUGGAUCGAUCCCAAAAAAGAAAUAAACUUUAAACCUGACGCACUUGAUACUUUAGCAUAUUAUGCAUAUCAAACAGUAGCCGAAAUUACUGAUUAUGCAUUGUUAGUAAGAAUGGAUACAAAAUGUGGAUCUGAUCCGCUGAAACAUUUAGCCGGCUCUUAUUACACGGCUACAAUGUUCAAUGGAAAACAUAGAUUUGAGGAACCCAAUCCUGAUUAUACCAAAGUUUACAUGAACCAACCACCGAUAAGUAUUAAUGAAAUAAAAGAAGUCAUGAGAAGGGUGUGUACUCCACAAGCAGGAAAGUUAAACUUUGGAAAAAAGUUGCCAGAGACUCAAUAUCUGUUUGCAAUUUGAAGUGAUAAGUUUUAAUUUGUUUUUUUUAAUUGUGAGAUAUACAAUUAUGUUUAUAUUAAAUAAAGUAAUCUCAUAAUAAAUUAGCAACACAGUGGAUAUUUUGCUGGAAUUUGAAAUAAAAAGUACGUUUUAUG